AUGCAUCUGAUUAUUUGGUUUAUUGGAUUUAGUUUUUUAACAAUCAUCAAUGGAAAAGAUGAUGCAUGUCUUCAUAAUGAAAGCAAAGGAAAACAUUGUACAUCAGAUACACAAUCUGUUCUCCAACGUAUACUAACUCAACCAACAGCAAUAGAAAAUCAAGAAUGUCAUACAUCAUGUAUUCAAUCAGGUUACGAUGGUGGCGGAUAUUGUUCGAUUUCUGACGAAUGUUUUCGUUUUUGUUCUUGUCAUCAUUCUAUUAAUAUUACACUUCCUUCUUUGAAUGAAUAA